UUCCACAUACAACAACAAAUAUACAUAGCAAAUUACACUUCAUAGCUCCUAAGAUGGAAAAGCUUGCUAAGCAGGUUCUGAUUUGCAGUUUAUUAACUGCACUUGUUUUUUUAUCAUGCCCACUAAUAAUGUCUCAUGAAGUUGAGGACGAGAGCGAGUUUAACUAUGAUGUAAAGAGUGAGAUAGGACCAUUUAAUUGGGGACACAUUAAACCCGAAUGGAGUCUAUGCAAAAUUGGAUCCAUGCAAUCGCCAAUUGAUCUGUUGAAUGAGAGGGUUCAAAUAGUAUCCCAUUUGGGAACACUCCAGAUGAACUACCAACCAUCCAAUGCAACUCUGAAGAAUAGGGGCCAUGAUAUCAAGCUGGGAUGGCUUGCGGGCACAAGCUUUCUACAAAUUAAUGGAACUGAGUAUGUACUUAAACAGUUCCAUUGGCAUUCUCCCUCUGAACACACCAUAGAUGGCAGAAGGUUGGAUCUAGAGUUACACAUGGUGCACGAAACUCCAUCAGGACAAACUGCAGUGAUUGGAAUAUUGUAUAAGGCUGGAAGAAGACCAGAUCCUUUCUUGUCACUGUUAACGAACCACUUAAAGGCCAUUUCUAAUAGUACGGGAGCAGAAAGAGAAGUGGGUGUAAUGGAUCCAAGGCUGGUUAAAAUAGGCACAAGCACAACACUGUAUUACAGAUAUAUUGGUUCGCUCACUACUCCUCCAUGCACUGAGAAUAUUGCUUGGACCAUGCUUAAAGAGGUGAAAUUCGUUUCAAAAGAGCAAAUCAGAUUACUUCGAGAUGCCGUUCAUGAUGAUUUUGAUGCUAAUGCAAGACCAUUGCAGCCAAUAAACAACCGCUUAGUGCAGCUAAAUAAGCCGAAAGAUCAUCGUUAAAGUUUCAAGACAUUAGCGAGAGCAUAUAUAAAAUAAUAAAACGACCAGAAUAUGAUUUGGGAUUUUGGUGGGAGAGUGAUUUUUCACAUGCACUAGGUCUACACGUGAUUGUUAUUUCUGUAUGUUUAUUUCAUGUUUUAGGCUAUAUAUUUUCAAUUUCAAUUUUUUAUUUCGUUCAUAUAUAUGUAUUAAAAUAAAUUUUCAAUUUUUCAUCCCCACUGAAGUCAAUCACGUGAUGUAUUCAAUUCCUUUACUAUGUUUAAUAUUAA